AUGGACGCCGAGGGCAACAUGGUCGCGGCAACUCCCAGCGGCGGCUGGCUCGGCACAUCCCCCGUAAUCAAGGGACUGGGCUUCCCGCUCGGUACGCGCGGCCAGAUGUUUUACCUGAACCCCGACCGCCCGAACGCUCUCCAGCCGCGCAAGCGCCCCCGCGCCACACUCACGCCCACCAUGGUUACGCGAGACGGCGCGCCAUUCAUGGCGUUCGGCACUCCCGGCGGCGACUCGCAGGAGCAGUGGACGCUUCAGUUCUUCCUCAACCACAUCGACUUCGGCAUGAACCUGCAAGAGGCGCUUGACGCCCCAACGCCGAGUCGCGCAUUCCCGACAAAGCGCUGGACGAGCUGCGACGACGCGGGCCACGAAAUCGAGCUUGUGGGCGACUGGGCAAACGGCAAGGUCAUGGGCAUCCGCUGGCACGCCGACAAAGGCGUCAUCGCCGGCGCAGCCUCAGCCAAGAACACCAUCGGCUACGCAAUGGCGCUGUAA